AUGCCAGUUCUUGCAACUGAAUCUGUUGAAACAGCAUCAAAUGAUGUUAAUCAAUCUGAAUCAAUUGUUCAAAUAAAAGAUGUGAAAGAUGAUUCUGACUCAAGUUCAUCAGAAGAAUCAGGAAAUGAAGGCGAAAAAGAAAGUGAAGAUGUUAAGCAAAGUCACCCAUUAGCUGAAGCAGCUGGUAUCGAAGAAGAAUUACAAUCAAAACAAAAACAAACACGUUCAGAAAAAAAAGCUCGAAAAGCCAUGGCUAAACUUGGUUUACGUCCAAUUCAAGGAAUUCUUCGUGUUACAAUUCGAAAAUCGAAAAAUAUUUUAUUUGUUAUACAAAAACCUGAUGUUUAUAAAAGUCCAGCAUCGGAUACUUAUAUUGUUUUUGGUGAAGCCAAAAUUGAAGAUCUUUCUCAGCGAGCACAAAUAGCUGCUGCAAAUCAAUUUAAAAAUCUUGGACAAAAUCAACAAGGAACAGCUAACACUACAAAUGAUCAAACAGCAAAUCAAUUAAAUAAUAAUGAAAAAUUGCCAGCAGAUAAAAAUACAACAAACUUAUCAAAUAAAACUGAAACAAUUCAAGAAGAAACUGAUGAAGAUGAACAGGUUGAUGCCGAAGGUAUUGAAGAAAAUGAUAUUCAAUUAGUUAUGUCUCAAUCAAAAACAUCACGAUCUAAAGCUAUUAAAGCUUUAAGAAAAUGUAACAAUGAUAUUGUUAAUGCCAUUAUGGAAUUGGCUGAAUGA